AUGGACCGUAGCGUCGACCGUCGUCUCUGUGGCCAUUGCCACUCAUCCAUCGGUGACGAGGUAAGCAACAAAAAAGAAUUUGAUCUCGGGCGGGCUCGAACCGCCGGCCUUCUGUGUGUUAGACAGAUGUGAUAACCACUACACCACGAGAUCACCUGUCGCUCUUUGCAGGCCAUCGUCGCCAUGAACCGUCUCUGGCACCCGGACCACUUUGUCUGCACCUCUUGUAAACGGCCAAUCAAGCAGACUUUUCAGGUCCUUACUGAUAUAUUUUCUUGAAAUCUUGAAAAUUUCAGGCAGCUGACAAUCACGCCUAUUGCGUUCAGUGUUUCGCUCAAAAAUACAACCCGAAGUGCGCAGGUGAUACUUUUUAAGAAUUGUAUAAUUGAAGGUGAAAAAUCAUCAAAAGACAGGGAAGCUUAAAGGAACAACCAUAUUAGCCUGAAAAAAACUGAAGAAUAAAUAUUAAAAAAAUGCGUAAGAGUGAAUUUUUUUGAUUUUGAAAAAAAGUUCUUUGAGUUUUUUUCUCAUUUUUGACUUGAUUUGAUGAGCAGGGAUAGUAUUGAAAAUUUUACGCCUUUCAAUUUUGUUAGAAAAAUUAAUUUUUUUUUUGUUGGUUUUACAUUCGGGCAUAUAGCGUCCUAGGAAAAGUUUUUGCCAAUUCGCGCUUCUGAGAUUUUCGAAGAUGAAAAAAAAGACACUUUCUCCUCAGGAUGCCUGGAAACGUUGGUAGACACCUGUCUUCUCGCUCUGGACCGCCACUGGCAUCCUCGAUGCUUCACCUGCUCCAGCUGCAACCGACCGCUUCCCAAUGGCGAAUUCUACUUGGUUUGUUCAGUUUACAAUCCCUUCGGAUGCAAGAGUCGAUGUUUGAAUAAAAAUCCAACUCGAGGUUGACGACAAACCCUACGACCUGGACUGUCAUUGGGCCAAGCGGCUCGAAAAGCGCGAGCACAUGGAACGUGGAGAACGAUGA